UGACGUUUCAGCUGCGACACGCAGCUCGCACAACAGCCAUGCGCCAGCUCCGCCGUUGUUAUGGUCGCUCGUCGACAGUUUUAAACUGCAGAUUACAUCGUAACUUCGCGUCUUAACACGCUGUGGGUGCAAAGCUCUAACGUUUGAGCUUACAGGGACUCGGAGAGCUGGAGAGCUUGCGGAGGGUGCGUCGGUAGCGUGGCAGCUCUUCCUCUCUCUGACGGCUGGAAGUGAGAGAGGACGGGGGGACUCUGCCAUGUAGUUGCAGAGGCAGAAGAAUGAGCGGUCAGCACACUCCUACAGAUGGGACAGAGGACUACACAGUGCAGCAGGAAAACGAACUAGAAGCGCUCGCUUCUAUCUUCGGAGAUGAUUUCCAGGAUUUGCGAAACCAGGACCCUUGGAAGGUUAAAAGGCCGCCAGAGGUGCACCUCUGCCUGCGGCCCAACGGGCUCAACAACGGGGAGGAAUGCUACGUGACCGUGGACCUGCUGGUGAAAUGCCCUCCCACCUACCCGGACGUGUCUCCGGAGCUGGAGCUAAAGAAUGCCAAAGGUCUUUCAAACGAGAACCUCCAGAACCUGCAGAGCGAACUGACCAAGCUGGCAGCGGCACGACGCGGAGAGGUGAUGAUUUACGAGCUGGCGGACCACAUCCAGGGCUUCCUGAGCGAGCACAACAAGCCCCCGCCGCGGUCCUUUCACGAAGAGAUGCUGAAGAACCAGAGGAGGCAGCAGGAGAAAAGGGCCCUGGAGGAGCAACAGAGGGUGGACCAGCAGCGCAAGCAGGAGGAGGAAAUGGAAAAAGAAAUUAUGGCUGUAAUCCAAAGAAGAGAGGAGGAGAAGCGAGAGGAAAGGAGAAGAAAAGAAAUGGCCAAACAGGAGCGUCUGGAGAGCAUGGAGCAAACGUCAUCCGUGUUUGGGAGUCCACCCAGCCCCUGUGGACUAACUGCUGAAGUGACGGAGGCCAAGAAAGCUGCUGCCACCCGUCGUCGUGCAACCUCUAAUACACGCCACAGGCGCGACACAGUAAAUGAAGAUAAUCACCGUACGCAGGAGUGUCUUCACUUCAACAGCAGCGUCUUUGGAGAACUUGUUGUCCACAGGGGUAAAAUUUUAGGUCAGAGCGAGCGACUUGGCCGGAGUGUUUACUGCGGCUUUGAAGUGAACGCUGGAGAAUUUUCUGUGAUCUAUGAGUGGUCGCUUCGUUGGAGCAAGAAGAUGAGCAAAUUGUUCACCAGCCAGGAGAAAGAAAAGAUUGAGGGCUGUAAAAAGCAGAUUCAUGCGGCAGAGAAUGAGUUCAACUCCCUCCUGCGCCUAGAUCACCCAAACUUGGUGCGCUAUACGGCGCUGAGCUCCUCUGAAAAGGAGGACUGCAUCAUGGUGAAUCUAUUGGUGGAGCACAUCCCUGGGAUCAACCUGAACCAAAGCCUGACUACCCAGACCCCAGUCCCUCUGGAUAAACUCUGCCACUACACAGCCCAGCUUCUGGCCGCCCUCAACUACCUUCACUCCAACUCUGUGGUCCACAAACAGCUGGGGGCCUCCAGCGUGCUGGUAGACUCCGAGGGGAACAUUAGGCUGACUGACUACAGCUUAUCAAAACGGUUUGCCGAUAUCUGCAAAGAAGACAUCUUUGAACAAGCCCGGGUCCGUUUUUCUGAGGGCACAGCAAUGCCAACAAAAACCGGGAAGAAGGGGGAUGUGUGGAACCUUGGACUAAUGCUGCUGGCUCUGAGUCAGGGCAAAGAAGUGAAGGAGUAUCCAGUUACUGUACCAAGCAGCCUGCCUGCUGACUUUCAGGAUUUCCUCCACAAAUGCAUCUGCCUGAAUGAUGCUGACCGCUGGACAACUCAGCAGCUUUUGGACCACUCUUUCCUCAAGCCCCCUUCACCCAAAAACCUACCUCAGUACCAGGACACCAGCCCAGAAGAUCUGGCAGUUGACUUUGGGUCGACCGUUGUCCCCCGCAGUCACAUCCUCGAUGCUCCGUUCAGCUCAGGAAUGCAGAGGCAGUUUUCUCGCUACUUUGAUGAGUUUGAGGAACUGCAACUUCUGGGGAAAGGAGCCUUUGGGGCAGUAAUUAAGGUUCAAAACAAGUUGGAUGGUUGUUACUAUGCUGUGAAGCGAAUCCAGGUCAAUCCAGCCAGUAAGCAGUUCAGGCGGAUCAAAGGGGAGGUGACGCUGCUGUCCCGCCUGAACCAUGAGAACAUCGUCCGCUAUUACAACGCUUGGAUCGAGCGGCACGAGUUGCCCUCCACAGGAGUGCUGAGCAACAGCGACAGCUCGGAGCCUAAUAGCACGCCCGAAAAACAUCCGCAGCGCUGCGAUCAGCCUCGGCGCCUCAACGAGCUCGGCCUGCCCGACAACGUGGAGGACCUCGCUCCGCCCCCGGCUCUGUCGAGCUCUGUGGAGUGGUCCACGUCCAUCGAGAAGUCCUCCAGCGCCAAGUGCAGCGGACAGCAGUCCAGUGAUGAGGACGAAGAUGAUUAUGACGACGAUGUCUUCGGUGCUUCGUUUUUGCCGUCUGAUAGCGAUUCGAGGAGCGACAUCAUAUUUGACAACGAAGGUGACAGCACAGACGAGAUGUCACAGAUUGAGCCAAGGAAAAGGCCGGCAACAACCGACACACCUGAGAGCUCAGACUCUGAUCGUCAUCUUUCUAUAGCGCACUACUUGUACAUACAGAUGGAAUACUGUGAAAAGAGCACUUUAAGAGACACAAUAGAUCAAAGCCUGUACCUGGACAGGAGUCGAUUAUGGAGGUUGUUCAGGGAGAUCCUGGAUGGUCUUGCUUACAUCCACGAGCAGGGCAUGAUUCACAGGGACUUGAAGCCUGUGAACAUCUUCCUGGAUUCCCAGGACCAUGUGAAAAUCGGAGACUUUGGCCUGGCAACAGAUCAUCCUGCUAAUGUGGCAGCAGGGAAAUUUGAACUGGAGGAUAGUGGUUCCGCUGUGAUGACCAAACCCGACCCUUCAGGCAACAUGACAGGAAUGGUUGGAACAGCCCUUUAUGUCAGUCCAGAGGUCCAAGGAAACACCAAAGCCACAUAUAACCAGAAAGUUGACCUGUUUAGUCUGGGCAUCAUACUCUUUGAGAUGUCCUACAGGCCGUUUGCCACCGGUGCAGAGCGCAUCUCCGUUCUGAGCCAGCUACGGAUGGAGUCGAUUUCCUUCCCAGGAGACUUUCCUGAGCACGAGCAAGGAACACAGAGGAAGGUAAUAGAGUGGCUGCUGAAGCACGACCCGGCCCUUCGGCCCACCGCCCAGGAGUUGCUGAAGAGCGAACUGCUGCCGCCGCCUCAGAUGGAGGAGUCAGAGCUGCAUGAAGUGUUGCAGCACACCAUGGCUAAUAUCAACGGCAAGGCUUAUCGCACCAUGGUCGGGCAGUUGUUUUCCCAAAACACCUCACCAGUCAUGGAUUAUGCUUAUGACAUGGACAUGCACAAGGGCAGCUUCAACUUCAACAGUGCCAAAUUGCAGCAGCAUGUUUACGAAAGCAUCACCAGAAUCUUCAAGAAGCACGGUGCGGUACGUCUUCAUACGCCGCUGCUCCUCCCCAGAAACAGGAAGUUGUAUGAUGGCUGCGAGCUGGCCUGCUUCAUGGACCACAGUGGAAUGCUGGUCACGUUGCCCUACGACCUUCGUAUGGCAUUUGCAAGAUUUGUUGCCCGCAACAAUAUAACGCAGCUGAAGAGGUACUGCAUUGAACGUGUUUUCCGACCCAGAAAGCUGGACCGUGCACACCCGAGGGAGCUUCUGGAGUGCACGUUUGACAUCAUCACGCCUGUCACCAACAGCCUGCUCCCUGACGCAGAGACCAUUUACACCCUGUCUGAAAUAGUCCAGGAGUUUCCUGCUCUUCAGGAGAGGAAUUAUAACAUCUAUCUGAACCACACCAGCUUGCUGAAGGCCAUCCUGCUCCACAGCGGCGUCCCAGAGGACAAGCUGAGCCAGGCGUCCAGCAUACUCUGCGAUGCUAUGAAUGAAAAGCUGACCAGAGGUGAGGUGGAGGCAAAGUUCUGCAACUUUUCCCUUUCAACCAAUAGCCUGCAAACACUGUACAAGUACAUAGAGCAGAAGGGCAGUCUGCAGGAGCUGGCACCGCUGCUGACGUCGCUCACCAAGCAGAAGACGGCCGUCACUCAGCUGGCCAAGCUGGGCUUGAAGGACCUGGAGGAGGUCACCGUCCUCCUGAGGAGACUGGGUGUUAAACUGAGGGUUGUGGUGAAUUUAGGUUUGGUGUACAAGGUGCAACAUCACUCUGGAGUCAUCUUCCAGUUCGUGGCUUUUAUCAAGAAACGCAAGCGAACUGUGCCAGAUGUCAUAGCUGCUGGAGGACGCUAUGAUCACUUAAUCCUGGAAUUUCGAGGACCAGCUUCCACUGUGCCGGUGCCCAACGCGGUGGGUGCAAGCAUUGCUCUGGACAAAGUCUAUACUGCCAUGGCCAAUAUGGAGGAGCCACCAACGGUGAGUUCCUGCGACGCUCUGGUGGUCCCAGUGGGAAACUCUUCACUGUCCAAAGCCAUCAGUGUUGUCCAGAAGCUGUGGAGCACUGGCGUUUCCGCAGACAUCGCCUACGACGUCUCACAGUCUCAGGAGACACUAUUCGAGCACUGCAGACUGGCUGGCAUUACAUGCAUGGCGCUGGUUUCUGACAAAGACGGAAGCUACGUGAAGGUGAAAUCCUUUGAGAAGGACCGGCAGUCGGAGAAGAGAAUUCCAGAGUCAGACUUGGUGGACCACAUCAUUCAGAAAUGUCGGACCAAAUUCUUUGACGAGCGAAGCAUCAGAGAAAUCUCUGAGAGCAUCAGCCUUCAGAACCCUAAAGGAUCGCAGCUUAACAACAGCGGCUCCGUAGAGCAACACGGGAGUAGCAGCAUCACCAACAUGAACGUGUAUGUCAUCAGCCCAGAGAAGGUUUCUGCGAGCGCCAGAAGACGAUAUGAGACUCAGAUUCAGACCAGAUUACAGAAUCUGGGGAGCAAUUUGCAGAACAAGAGCAACGACAUCGAGGUCCUUGCAGUGGACCUCCAGAAGGAAACGCUGAUAAACUUCCUGUCUCUGGAGUUUGACAGCGAAGAACAGUUCAACAGCAGCGUCAAGACUCUGCUGUCUCGUCUCCCAAAGCAGCGCUACCUGAAGUCCAUCUGCGAUGAGAUCCACCACUUUAAGAUCACAAAAAGGGUGGCUGUGGUGGUCUUGUACAGCUAUAAAGAUGACUACUACAAGGUCCUCUUGUGAGAACCAAAACGACUGUACCGGCCAAGGGAAGGAUUUCACUUUGCCGGAGGUUCAGCUGCAUCUCAAAGACUGUAUUGUAUCAUCAGACCUGCCGAAUCUGCUAAAAGAUUGAACAGAUUUUCCGUUUGGGGGACUAUGGAAGCCCCAAAGACAUACGUGACUCUUCUUUUAUCAUGAUGAAUAGUUCUUUAGCUCAUUGAGCCAAACUCUACACAAUUCCCAAAAACCUUUAGGUGUUUUCUGGUAUAAUCAAGAAGCUUACCAGACUUUGUUGCCUUAAUACAAACUGUAGAUUUUGAAAAGAAAAGGGCUUGUUGCUUCAGAUUAUGUGUCAUUGGUUGAAAAUGGAGGGAAUAAAUAGGUUUUUCCCAAUAUACUUUGAUUUGCUCAUUGUCUGUCUUUGCAGGAGAUCCUUGGAAAUGGUUUUAUAUUUUGUUGCAAAUAAAAAAUAUGAAUAAUUGUCAA